AAUCCAUAAAGAUGAAAUGGUGGAGCAGAGUCAAUGGGCUGAAUAGAUUAAUUCUGCUCCUAUAUCAUAUGGUCUUACCAAAUGUCGGAGCACAUUGGAUGGGCUGAAUAGAUUAAUUCUGCUCCUGUCUCUUGUGGCCUUUUGGUCUUAGGCUGUACGGCAUGCACUAUUCUUCCCACGUUUUUUCUUCCGACAGAUCACUCAGCACUUACAGCCACUAUCACGGCUUCUUCAUUAGUGAACACUAUGUUAACAAAUGGUUUAAUAUGCCCACAGUGAUAACCCAGUCUUACAUACUUAAAGCAAUAUUUAAAGGCAGCUAAUUUAGUCCAUUACCAAAAGACUUUCUCUAUGCAGGCAAGCUCAGUUAAAUCCUGUUGCUAACCAUUUGGAAGGUGAAUGGUGUAAGGCAUUCUGUCUCAGUUCAUAGUGAAGCUGAGGAUGUGACUUCUAUCUGUUUGGAUGUUACAUGCAACUCUGCUUACUUUUCUGAUCUUCCAGCAGAUCACUCGUCACUCACACCCACUGGCACGGCUUCUUCAGCAGUGAAUACUUUAUCGGUAUCAGUAAAUGCCAUGGAAGCUACUAAUACUGAUAACUCUACAAGCACAUACACCAGCACGGCUUCAUCAGUAAAUACAACCAGUCUAACAGAUCACUCAUCACUCACACCCACUGGCACGGCUUCUUCAGCAGUGAAUACUUUAUCGGUAUCAGUAAACGCCACGGAAACUAAUAAUACUGAUCGCUCUACAAGCACAUACACCAGCACGGCUUCAUCAGUAAAUAUAACCAGUCUAAAUUUCACAGCACCCAGCACUCCAGGCACCAACGCAACAGCAGCAACUACUCAGUUCAACGAAAUCUCAGCAGGCACAAGUAACACCACAAUCGCAGGCUCCAACACAUCAGUGCCUACUACAUCCACUCCCAGCAUAACAGGCCAAACUACUGGAACAGAUUGUGGAAAUUAUGAAAUUAACUGUACUGUAAGACAAGUGACAGAGGCAAACAUCACAAUGAUCAUCAGCUACAAAAUCAAUGAAAGUGUAGUAGUAACUAUUCAGCAAAGACCCUUCAAUCUUAGUUCAAAUAACAGCAUGAAGGAAAUAAUUAUUAAAAAUCUUGAAUUCUGUACUCCUUAUAACCUCACGGUAACAGUGAAUGACAAGUGCCCUAAAUUUUGUGAAAAUACAAUUGCCACAACAGAACCUCGGAAUGAUUUAGACUUUAAUAUUGCCCACAAUUCAUCUCACUUCUCAAUCAGUGAAACCACGGAAAUGGAAAAAUGCAAUCUUACUUAUGAUUGGAUCUGUAAUGACAAUGAAACCAUAUCUAAAAAAUUGGCUAUGUCCAUUCCAACUGCUUGUAAACAAUACAAUUGCUCUAUCACAUACAGCACUGGAAAAUGGGAAAAGGUUAAAAAUGAAAUCCUGACAGCAGAAGUUGAAAAACCUAACAUGCCAGUUCUUAGCAAUGUGUCUAUUACUCGUACAUCCGUUGAAGUGAAAUGGAAUGUGAGUACUACGGAUUUAAAACCUGUACACAAUGUCAUCAUAUCCUGUAAUUUUUCAGGUGGGGAACACAAAAGUAAUCAAGCUUCUGCGUCACAUACAUUUAGCGGGCUGAAGCCAUUUCGAGUUUAUAAAUGUGACGCUAAAGCUGAAAACCAAAAAUGCAAUAAAGGCGAGAAAUUAACUACGAAUGCUACUAUCAUCAUGAAGACUCUCCCAGGAUGCCCAGACAAACCUCAAAACAAAAACAUCCAACUAUUAAGCCAAAAUACCAUUCACAUUACCUGUGAUAAUUUAACCGAUGAACAGUGGAAUGGAAAGAAAGGCUUCUAUUCAGCCAGGCUAGAAUCAAAUUCCAAUAAAUAUAAUAAAACUAAAAAUAAUAGCAGAUGUUCAUUUGAGUUUGAAGAAUUAAAUUAUCUGUCUGAAUACACAGUAACGUUGCAGGUAAUUGGUCCAGCUUGUCCAAGUAAAUUCUAUUCUGGUGCUCACACAACUGGAUACAAUGAACAGGCAUUGAUUGGAUUCCUGGCAUUUCUGAUCAUUGCUACAACAAUAGCUCUGGCCAUUGUACUCUACAAAAUAUACAUUUUGCAGAGGAAAUCCUCAAGACAUCCUGAAGAAUCUGUGGAACUUAUUGGACAUGAUGAUGAAAAACAGCUGCUCAAUGUAGAACCCAUACUUGCUGAGCAACUGAUUGAUGCAUACAGAAGAAAGCAGGCCGACGAAUCCAGAUUAUUUUUAGCAGAAUUCCAGAGCAUUCCAAGGGUUUUCAGCAAAUUUCCUGUCAAGGAUGCACGUAAAGGUUGUAAUUCGAACAAGAAUCGAUAUAUCGACAUCCUACCAUAUGAUUACAAUCGUGUUGAACUUUCCCCUGUGUCUGGAGAGCAUGGAUCAGAUUAUAUCAAUGCAAGCUUCAUUGAUGGCUUCAAUGAACCCCGGAAGUACAUUGCUGCCCAAGGACCGAAAGAAGAAACAUCUGAUGAUUUCUGGAAAAUGGUGUGGGAACAGAAAGUAACAAUCAUUGUCAUGGUGACUCGCUGUGAGGAAGGGAAGCGGCCCAAGUGUGCUCAGUAUUGGCCCACCAUGGAUGUAAAGUCCAUGUACUUUGGUGACUUCUCUGUGAGAAUUAGUGAGGAGAAGUUGUGUCCAGACUAUGUUAUUCGGAAGCUCUUCAUCUCGCAGAAGGAGAAAUCUCCAGAGAGAGAAGUCACACACAUACAAUUCAUCAGCUGGCCAGACCAUGGUGUUCCAGAAGAUCCACAUCUUCUUCUCAAAUUGCGUCAGAGAGUGAAUACCUUCAGAAACCUAUUUAGUGGUCCAAUCGUUGUACACUGCAGUGCCGGGGUGGGUCGCACGGGCAGCUACAUUGGAAUUGAUGCCAUGUUGCAGGCCCUCGAGGCUGAAGGACGAGUGGAUGUCUAUGGUUACAUAGUCCAGCUCCGUCGGCAACGCUGCCUCAUGGUGCAGGUUGAGGCCCAGUACAUUCUGAUCCACCAGGCUUUGCUGGAGUACUACCUCUAUGGUGAAACAGAGGUCAACCUGUCUGAACUGCCCAAAUACCUCAGCAAUUUUAAAAAGAGGGACCCACCUACGGAGCCUUCCCUCCUGGAGGCAGAGUUCCAGAGGAUUCCACUUUAUACUGAAUGGAGAUCCCAGACGGCAGCAAGACACGCUGAUAAUCAAAGUAAAAACCGAUCACUUUCAGUGAUCCCAUAUGAUUACAACAGAGUUUAUGUCAAGAUGGAGAGUGACAGGAGCAAGGAGAAUGAAACGCAAAGUGAAACUGAAUCGAGCUCCGAUGAGAGUGAUGAUGAAGAAUCCACAAAAUAUAUCAAUGCUUCCUACCUAGAAGGAUAUUGGCAUAAUGAGACACUGAUUGCCACUCAGACUCCACUGCCUGAAACUAUUGCUGACUUCUGGUCGAUGAUCUAUCAGAAAAAGGCAAAACUCCUCAUAUUCCUGGGCCAAGUAAAAGACAACAAGGAAUGUACACAAUAUUGGGAAGAUGAAAAGAAAACUUAUGAAGAUAUUGAAGUUAAGUUGGCUGACUGCAAUGAACAGCCAGAGUUUACUGUUCAAGUCUUUGAAAUAAGACAUAUAAAGAGAGAAACAAUUCAGAAAGUAUACCAGUAUAACUUCCGUGAGUGGAAAGAAUCUGGGCUUCCUGAAAAUCCAAGUAACUUUAUCACCAUGAUGAGGAGCAUCAAGGAAAAACUGUCAGUGAUUAAAAAUGAACAAAAUGGCACAGUACCACCCAUCAUCGUACAUUGCAGUGAUGGAUCCAAGCGGACAGGAAUAUUCUACUCUCUUUGGAACCUACUUGAUAGCGCAGACAAUGAAAGGAUAAUCGAUGUUCUCCAGACUGUCAAAAAAUUGCGUAAGCAGAGACCGGGAGUGAUCCCUACCUUUGAGCAGUACGAGUUCCUCUACGAUGUUAUUGUUAACACAUUCCCCGUGCAGAAUGGGACAUUAGUAUCUGGCAAUGGCUCAUCACAAACCUCUGUUGAGGUCAUCUCUGAAACCCCCUUGGAAAACAAAUCUCAACAAGAAGCAGGUUCUGAUUCAAUAGAAAAUAAGAAAGAGGCUUCUGUUGAGGAAGACCAAGCUAAGUCUGAAAGCAGUAACACCAAACAAGCAACAGAAAAUCCUACUAAUGGACCUAUAACUAGUGAGGAAAAUGUGUGAGAAAAAACUGUUGUUGUGCAUGCAGUACUGGUAUUAAUCAGUAAUUUUCUUACUAAGAGAAAUGCCUAAGUGUGGCUGUUAAUUUUUAUUUGCAUGAACUUGGUUUAUCACUGGAUACACCCAAAAUUUUUGCCAGUACACAGUUCAGCAAUGGCAAUCAGUUUGAACGUAAGUAUGAAUGUAUUUCCAUGAGGAUAUUAGUUUCCUAAUUUAAAGCCUAGUUUAAUGUUUUUGGUCUAUCAAGUUACACUAGUAACUCUAAAAUAAAGCAAAGAGACCUUUUAAAGAAAGAACUUUAUAUAUAUAUAAAUAUAUAUAUAUAUUUUAUUGUGUGUAUUGAAAAUCUAAAUGCUAAUUUUGCUUGGGGAUGUAUUAUUUUUAGCAGUUCAUAUUUUAAGAUAUGGCAAAAAAAGUCACGUAAUGAGUGUGAAGAAAAUUGGCAGUUUUAUUAAGCGUUGUAAUUUUUAGCUUUUUAUAAUGCAGCCAUUUUUCAAUUUACAAAUUAUUUUUAUAGUUGUUUUUUCCAAGUUAAAGCUGUGCAGUUGAUCUGCUUAAAAAUGAUAAUGUAUAUAGCUAUAGGAAAUUACAUCAAAGCUCAUUAUAUGGAAGCAAACUGAUUAUUUGUAACAGAUUCAUAAAAUGGCUAAUCAUUUGUAAAUGGAAAUAUCUCACUUCACUGAAGAAGACCAAAGACAUGAAGCCUGAUUGCAGAAUAGAUUCAGAUUCACAUUCAUUUAUUUAUCACAUGUACGUCAAAACAUACAGUGAAAUGUGUCCUUUGUGAUAGCAACCAACACAACCUAAGGAUGUCCUGGGGCAAGUGUUGCUCCACAUUCUAGCACCAACAUAGCAUGCCCACACUGUUCAGCAGAGCAACACAAGCAACAAUAACAAUACAACAACAUCAACAAAGCAAGCCUCUUUCCUCCCAUAUGCACAGACUGGCCUCCAACCCCGGGACAGGCUGCUUCUACAGUCUUUGGUCCAGUACUGUCUCACAGACAUUAGGUGUGGACUUGCAGUUGCCGACUGGCAAUCGUCAGGCCUGUAGGUCAACCCAAAUGGCCACAGAGCCAGACAAAAGUUCAUGUUUAAAUCAGUAUUUAAGCUUAAAACAGAGACCUCAUUUCAGGUGAGAUGUCUGAGCAAUAGUGAGGUAGCAUCAGAUAAUGUUACUGGAGAUCUGUGGAGAAGAUAAAGAAAGAGCUGGAAAAUCUCAGCAGCUGAAGUUUUCUUUGUGGAAAGAAAUUGUCAGAAAUGAGAAAGGGUCCAGGUAGCAGAAAUGGUGAGGGAGGGCAAUGGGUUGAAUAACAUGGAAGGGUAACAUCUUUGAGGAUUUAUGGGUUGAUAAUCCAGUCUGCCUGACGUGUGGCAGAGCUAAAAAAAAUAACCACUCACGGUGAUGUGAGAAGUUAUAAUAGUCUUAUCAGAGACGUAUUGUGAAUCUUUGUUGUAAAUUGUCCUGGGAAGGAACGGUCUCGGAAUCCACCAAUAAUUCCAUUUCCAUUUAUCAGUGACAAGGAAAGUUAUAUGUUCCAACUGAGGCAAAAAAUAACUCUGAAAAAUACACUUAAAACCAGACUUUUUCCAAAGAUUUGGUUGCUUACACAUUCAUUAUGAAUGCAUAAAAGAUUCUGAGUUCAGUUACAAUUGCAGCUGGAAUUUUUGUUUUGGAUUCUUUGCUAUCAGUGAAUGGUGAUAAAGCUGUUCCUAUUGAUCACUUACAAUCAGCUUUCUGGCUUCAUGUUAACAUGUUUCCAAUUGAGGUAAAUUAUUCUUGGAGUAAGCCUUGAUUUUUUGCAUUCCAAAUAACUCCAAUAAUGGCAAACUAUACAAAGAGGUAUGACUUCGUUUCCAUAAUGUAAUACAUUACCUCAAGACAUCAUACAGCUAAUUGAGCAAGUUCUGCAUUGAUGGCACUGUUUUGAUGUAGGAAAUGCUGCAACCAGUUGUAACAAACCAUAAUAUGAUAAUGGUUUGUAAUAUAUAUUUUAAUGAGGUUUGUUAAAGGUUUACAAAUUGGCUAGGACAUCUUGGAUUAGCUCUCUCACUUCAAAAUAUUGCACAUGAUUUUGCAUCCUCUGCAGAGAGCAGAAAAGGCCUGGUUGUCCAUUAAAAAGUGAAGUUGGUUUCUAUAUUAUAACAGUGUUAUUUCAUUAGUAGUCGAGAAAAUGCAUUGCUUCAAAUAAUGGAAUAAUUAUUUCUAGAAAUUUGUUUGGCUUGUUGCAUUCAAACUGGAUUCUGUACAUUUUACUCAAGAUUGUGCUAUUUAAAUUUUUCUGGAUUUUUUUUAACAGCUUACAGUUUUCUAAUGCAUAUUUCUUUAAUUCAACCAUUCUUUAUGAAACAAAGAAACAAAAGAUUUUUGUACUAAUAGUGUUCUUGAAUAAAUUAAA